AUCAUCACCAUGUUAUUUGCAGGGUAUAAUGGAGUCCCGUGUUCCAACAAUUUGGAAACGGAGGGAGUAAGGCAAUCCAUUGAGGAAGGAUCACCUUCAAGAAACGCUCCAUCUUUUACUCCUCUUCGAGAGGCCAAGCCAGUCCGAAUGGAACGUCAAAUGGGUGGAAUGAAGAAAGGACUAGGUGGUGGAUCUUGAAAAGCUCGUCAAAUGGAUUUCAUUUUCAAUCAAGUUCAUCAGGAUGGAAUGAUUGUCUUUUGUUUUGUGAAAUUCUCUUUUUUUUUUAAAUUUGUUAAAUAGAAAAUUCAAUGUACAAAGUCUGAAUAGAGUAAAGAUAAGAAAAGAAUCCUCAUUAGUUUAGUAACCCAUCCUUAU